ACCUGUCGCGGAAGUAGCGAUGGUGCGUCGGCCUGUUCACACCGCUAGGUAGACGAUCAUGUUUGUACCCCGAGUCAAAACGCCUGGCUAUCUGUUUUAAUAAUUCAAACCGAUAAACCCGUCAGUGUUCUUUGGAGUAUUCCCUGGGGGAUUAAGACGCCUAUCGUCCGCUACCUGAACCGAGCUUCUUGGUGAGCCUGGCGGGAGGGCAGUAGGACAAAAUGUCCCUCUUUCAGUCCGCACUUGAUUUCCUAGCCGGGCCCGGUUCGUCCGGAGGGGCCGGUCGGGACCAGAAUGACUUCGUGGGACAAGUCGUGGAGCUUGGUGACAUGAAACUGAGGAUUAAGAGGGUGAUCGCAGAAGGCGGAUUCGCCUUUGUUUACGAAGCCCAGGACAUCAGCAAUGGGAAAGACUACGCCCUCAAGAGGCUGCUGUCCAAUGAGGAAGAGAAGAACAAGGACAUCAUCCAGGAAGUCUGCUUCAUGAAAAAGCUUUCGGGUCACCCCAACGUGGUCCAGUUCUGCUCAGCAGCCUCCAUCAGCAAGGAGGAGUCUGACACAGGCCAGGCAGAGUUCCUCAUUCUCACCGAGCUCUGCAAAGGUCAGCUGGUGGACUUUGUGAAACGAGUGGAGCAGCGAGCGGCCAUGUCCUGUGACACAGUGCUGAAGAUCUUCUACCAGACCUGCCGUGGCGUGCAGCACAUGCACAAACAGAAGCCCACUAUCAUACACAGAGACCUCAAGAUCGAGAACUUGUUGAUUAGUAACCAGGGCACUGUCAAGCUGUGUGACUUUGGCAGCGCAACCACCCUGGCACAUUACCCCGACUACAGCUGGUCAGCACAGAAGAGGUCCAUGGUGGAGGACGAGAUCACAAGGAACACCACUCCAGCCUACAGGACACCAGAGAUGAUUGAUCUGUACUCCAACUUCCCCAUCAACGACAAACAGGACAUCUGGGCCCUGGGCUGCAUCCUCUACCUGCUCUGCUUCAAGCAGCACCCGUUCGAGGAGGGGGCCAAGCUGCAGAUUGUCAACGGCAAAUACGCCAUUCCUCAGAAUGACCUCAAGUACCCCGUCUACCACGAGCUCAUCCGGUCCAUGCUCAAGGUCAACCCCGAGGAGCGUCUUUCCAUCACAGAGCUGGUCAACCAGCUCCAGGAGAUAGCAGCGGCCCGCAACGUCAACGCCCGCUCCCCGAUCACAGAGCUGAUGGAGCAGAACGGAGGCUUCGGGAACAACGGAGCACCCCCACCCACGCAGAUCCACAACCUGCAGAACAACGCAGGCGUGUAUGAUCCUGACCAAUCAGCGAGUGGCUUCCUGGACAUUCUAAAGGGCGGGACAGAACGCUUCUUGACCAACAUCAAAGACACGUCCUCUAAGGUCAUCCAAUCAGUUGCCAGCAACCCAAGCUACGCCAAAGGAGACCUGGACAUAUCCUACAUCACCUCCAGAAUAGCAGUCAUGUCGUUCCCAGCCGAGGGCGUGGAGUCGGCCAUCAAGAACAACAUCGAGGAGGUGCGCCUUUUCCUGGACUCGCGUCACGCCGGUCACUACGCCGUCUACAACCUCUCCAAGCGCUCCUACCGCUCAGCCCGCUUCCACAACAGGGUGUCGGAGUGUAACUGGCAGGUGCGUCGAGCCCCCAACCUGCGAAGUCUGUACAGUGUGUGUAAGAACAUGCACCUGUGGCUCAAGCAGGACCAGAGGAACAUCUGCAUCGUGCACUGUCUGGAUGGCCGGGCAGCCUCGGCCGUGGCCGUGUGCUCCUUCCUGUGCUUCUGCCGGCUGUUCAGCACCGCCGAGGCCGCCGUCUACAUGUUCUCCAUGAAGCGCUGCCCGCCCGGCAUCUCCGCCUCACACAAGAGGUACAUCGAGUACAUGUGCGACAUGAUGGCGGAGGAGCCCAUCACGCCCCACAGCAAGCCCAUAGUAAUCCACUCCAUCACCAUGACGCCCGUGCCCCUCUUCAACAAGCAGCGCAAUGGCUGCCGACCCUUCUGUGAGGUGUACGUGGGGGACCAGCGGGUCCUAACCACCUCGCAAGAGUACGACCGCAUGAGGGAUUACAAGAGCGAGGACGGUUGUGCAGAGAUCCCCCUUAACGUGACAGUCCAGGGAGAUGUCCUGGUGGUCAUCUACCACGCCCGGUCCACACUGGGAGGACGUCUGCAGGCUAAGAUGGCGUCAAUGAAGAUGUUUCAGAUCCAGUUUCACACCGGUUUCGUUCCCAGGAACGCCACCACUGUCAAGUUUGCCAAGUACGACCUGGACGCGUGUGACAUCCAGGAGAAGUACCCGGACCUGUUCCAGGUGCAGCUGGACAUAGAGGUGGAGGCCCGGGACCAGCCCAGCAGCAAGCCCCCCCCCUGGGACAGUUUCCAGACCAAGGGACUCAACCCCAAGAUCCUCUUCUCCUCCCGCGACGAGCAGCAGGAGAUCCUCAGCAAGUUUGGUAAACCAGAACUCCCCCGCCAGCCCGGGUCCUCUGCCUUCUACCACUCAGAGUCCCCCCAGCCCACCGCCCAGACCCCGGAAGACCCCGCCCCCCCGGCAGACCCCGAGUCCCCCACCGACUCCAACGCCAACCACUUCUUCCAGACGCUGGACUGGGAAGAUAUCAGUGGCAACCCGGAAGGCUCUGACAGCCAGGGAGUCGGGACUCUGGACGACCACGAUGACCUCAGUGACCAAUCUGAGGUGGAGUCCUACUCCUACUCGGGGCCCAGCGGGGAGGCCCUGUCCCGGGACCCCAGCGAGCCGCUAUUCGAUGCCGACUUCCAGGCCCCCGCUCCCAUUCCCCAGGAGUCUCCCUCCAGUGACACCGCCGACCUCUUGGGCCUGAACUCUGACCCCAGUGCACCGCCCACUUCCUCCUCCGUCGCCGCCAACGCCACCACCACCUCCUCCUCCUCCUCCGCUCCUCACCAGGGGGAAAUGAAGGCGGCCUCCAGUAACAGCGACCUCCUCAACGACCUGUUUGCGCCACCUGCUGGCCUCGCUGGGGAGGCGCAGGAGCACUUGUUCUUUGGUGGAGCCGCAGCCCCCGCACCCAAACUCAUGGGGGACCUGUUCGACCCCUUCGGGAUGGGCUCGGGGCCCGGGGCCGGCCAGGGCGUGGCCUCAUCCCGGCAGGCCUCGGGGCCGGACCUGUUCGGGGACCUCCUGGGGGCAGACGGGGGCGGUCCUACCCAGUCCCACCCGGGCGCCUCCAACAACGCCAGCCUCUUCAACCUCAACACGCUGGGUAAGGAGCCUCCAAAGAUGACCACCUCUGCCAGUCAGCCGGACCUCCUGGCCGGCUGGGAUAACUGGUCUGGUGGCUCCAGCACUGGUCUGAGCACCGCUCCCAGUAAGCCCAUUUACCCCGGUUCAGCUCCAGGAGUGUCCUCCUUCUCCAAGGCCAAGUCUCAGAGCUUUGACCCAUUCGCAGACCUGGGGAACUUGGGCUCCAGUCUACCUGGUUCAUCCGGUCCGUCGUUUAACGCAAAGACAGCUUCUGCCGCCGCCUCCUCCCCCUCCUCGUCCUCCUCCUCCAAGGCGCAGCAGAACCAGGCCUGGCAGACGGCCCGGCCAGGUCCGGCCCAGAACAAGGCCCAGAACAAGGCCCAGAACAAGGCCUGGAUGUCGGGGCCGGGGGCCGGUGCCGCAGGGUCCGGCCACGGCUCCGGGGCCAAGGCCCAGCCCUCGGCCGCGCAGACCUCCAAGCCCAACUACAACCUCAGCUUCUCCAGUGUGAUCGGGGGCCGGGAGGAGCGGGGGGUCCGCGGGCCCACCUUCGGGGUGCCCAAGCCCAAGGUGAAGGAGGACGACUUUGAGGAGCUGCUGUCCACGCAGGGCUUCGCCUCCAGGCCCGACCGAAAGGGCCCGCGCACCAUCGCCGAGCUGCGGCGACAGGAGCUCACCCGGGACAUGGACCCCCUUAAACUACAGAUCCUGGACUGGAUCGAGGGGAAGGAGCGUAACAUCCGCGCGCUGCUGUCGACGCUGCACACGGUGCUGUGGGAGGGCGAGGCGCGCUGGAGGCCCGUGGGCAUGGCUGACCUGGUCACCCCUGACCAGGUGAAGAAGAGCUACAGGAAGGCUGUGCUGGUGGUCCACCCGGACAAGGCGACCGGCAAGCCCUACGAGCACUAUGCUAAGAUGAUCUUCAUGGAGCUGAACGACGCAUGGACAGAGUUUGAGAACCAGGGCUCCAAAUCACUCUUUUAAAAAAAGGAAAUCCAUAUCUUUAAAAAAGAUUAUAAACCAACGAAAGCAGAAGAAAAAAAUAGACCCACACCAACCCUGUCUGGUUCCUCGAUGAACUGACCAGGGUGGAGGGGGCUGGACCAAGACCAAGACCCACCCCACCCCACUAUGCCCAGACCCGGUCAGGCUGGACUUCUGAGCCCACAUUGGGCCAACAUUAUCGAUUGGAGAUGGUGUGUUCUUCCUGAUGUUCCCCUGAACUCUACCCUCUCUCUCUCACCCCUCACUCUCUCCUCUCUCUCACCCCUCUCUCUCCCAAGGACUUUGACGCAGUGAAUAAAUACCUCCAUAGCCUUACAAGUGGCCAUCCUGGAAAGACAUAUCCUUCUUAAAAAGGGGGGAAGGGGGAGGGAGAGUGGGAGUUUACAUUCUGAGGUUUGGUAUGACGGACAAUCAGACACCAAGAGGUGUCGAAUCAGGCAGAAAACAGACUCGCUUUGGGGAAACAAAAAGGGGCCUGCUUUGCAUGAUGACAGUGGACCAGAUAAAACGUUUGUUUUUCGCAAAUCAGGGGGAGGGGGGGGGCAAACCCACCAUGGUGGUUGGCUGGCGAUGGCCACUUUGGAUGGAUGUUUGGAAUAUACCGGGUCACAACCCCAGCCACAACGACCGAAACGAAAACACAAAGGUCGGAGGGAAGAAUCUGAUUAGCUCGUCUGUAAGAAAAAUAAAAAAAACGUAUCUUCUUAAGUUCCUUCCUCAACGUUCUCGCUGUCUUUGGUAACCGUCGUCUCCGUGACGACCCUGAGCAGAACUUUUACUGGUGGAGGGGUUGACACGACCACUUCUAAUUCUACUACUACUUCUACUACUACCAUCACCACAUACAGUACCACUCCAUGGCCGCUUUCCGAUGGUCCAAGGCCCUCUUGUGUUGGAAGCGCUCCUCUGACUGCUCGGAGCUGGACCAAUCACACGGCUGAAGUGAAACACAUGAGGGGCCAUGGGGCUGCUAUCCGCCGCCACUCGCCAUUUUUGUUUUUUGGACUGGGAGUCUCGUUGACGCCUUCUAAUGACCCCCCCCCCCCCAUAUAAAACAUGCCUACUUGUCAGUGAGCCCCGCCCACCACCACCGCCGCCUCCAUCAGUCCUGUGUCGGUCAUAGGAGAUGAAAAAAGGUUAUCAAAUUUAAGGAACACAAAGAGAAGAACGAUGGCGUCAUGGUGACGCCGUCCAACUGGUGAACUCCGGCUUUCCGUUUGUUGUGGUUGCUUAUAUGUUUGUUUUGAUUGACAGACUGUCUUUGUCUCAGUGUAUAUAUCACCACCAUCCCCCCUGGAAGUGUGUGUGUGUGUGUGUGUGUGUGUGUGUGUGUGUGUGUGUGUGUGUGUGUGUGUGUGUGUGUGUGUGUGUGUGUGUGUGUGUGUGUGUGUGUGUGUGUGUGUGUGUCGGAGAAAAUAGGACAUACUUUCCUUUGCUGAAUCACGAUGAAUUCCUUUGAUUGCUCUUUAUAAAUGGCCUCCUCUCGUUCCAUCUGUGUUCUCACUGUUCCCCCUUUUUUUAUCUCACUUUUUACCUCAUGGACCAAUCAGCUGUUUUCAUAUUUAUUUUAAUUGGGGCUUGGGGUUGUGGGUUUUGAGGACAUUUAUUCAUGCAGAUUAACGGCGAACUUAAUGAAGUAAAUGAUAGUAUACAGAUAAUAUAUGUAUUGAAUGUGUGAGGGAUGGCUUGAUGAUGCUUGAUCCCAAUAAACCCGUUGGAGGUUUGUAUUUUU